AUGCUGCGCUCGCCGGUGUCACCCGAGCGAGGCUCGUCUCGCUCCCCACUUCCUCCUCCUCCUCCUCCUCCACCACUACUGCCACAGCCCCCUCGCCGCUCCUUCGACGACGCUUAUACCCGCCCUGCCUCCUCCGGCAGUGAUGCCUCCUCGAUCACCUCCAAUGUGACCACCAUCUCGCCCCGGCAGUCUGCGUUCAACUCCAGUGCCGUGUCGCUGACCUCCUCUCCCCGACCGCCACGCACCUCCUCCAUUACCGCCAACACCACCGCCGCCGCUCCCUCCACCAUCACCACCACCACCACCUCCUCCUCCUCCUCUACUGUCCGAUCCCCCGUCUCCUUUAUGCCUCAUAAUGAGAUCCUGAGCCGGAAACCUUCGGGUCGCGGUGGCCCGUCAGAGCUGCAGAGACGCUCUCGUCACCACUCGCAGGGCUUCUUUGAGCCGUCCCUCCCCACGGCGUCCUCCGAGGCCACCAUCUCCGCCUCUCGAAUCGCUGCCCAAGCCGCCAUGCUCCAGCAACAGCAGAAUGCUCCACAGAAUCCCCCCAAGCGGCCUCCGACCGUGCGGGGUGUUUCCGAGGACGGUUCCCGGUCCAGACGAGGCGGGAGCGCUUCCCCUCCUCCCCCACCGCCGCCAGCACCGUUGUUUGCGCCCCCAACCUCCGGCAGUGCAUCCGGGACACCGUAUCAGAGUGGGUCGACGGGGGGCCAUACCCACGCCGCGACGACAGCGGCGAAUGUGGUGUUUCCCCGCAAUCCGGCGCUGCAGCCGCCCGGGUUGGAGAUACCAGUGGAGCGGGAGCAUAAACACAAGGGCGAGAAAUCCAAGAUGAAGUUGUUCUCAAAGCCAAAGCAUAUUGGGAUUAGUCGCGAUAAGGACGGCAUCGGCAAGGAUCGGGGCUUACCAUCCCCCAGCAAAAUGGGGUUCCCGGGCGGGGGGUUGUCGCGUAUCGUCAGUGCCUCUACAACAAGCUUGGCGGAUACCUUUCCGUCCAAUAACUCAUCUUUGUAUAACCUUUCCAAUGCGUCGGCGAGUACGGUGGUUCCAGCGGAUAAGUCGGUGGGAGGUGAAAAGGAGAAAGAGAAAGAUAAGGAUAAGCACAAGCAUCACUUCCUCUCGCGGCAGAAGUUGAAGCUGAAGGACCUAAAGGAUCGGGAUGACCACUACAAUUUACCACUUUCAUCAGCGUCGAGCAACUCCAAGCCUUCGGAUCCGAACGCCCCUCAGUCGCUAUACUCCUUCACGCCUGCUUCGCCAGGUGCGGUGACGACUACGUUUGGAAAGAGUGUGAGCGGUCUGGACCUACUACACGGACUGCGGGAGAAGAAGAAGGAAGAGAAGGCGCUGGAGUCCGAGCAGCUGGAAUGGGUGGCAAACUCAUCGGGGCCUGGUGGAACAUCCGGGGGAUUUCCAGGGCCGUCAUCGCUGGGGAGCUCCACGGGAGUUCUGGCGGAGGCGGCUCUCCGGGAGACGCUCCAGGGCUUUGGGCUGAAUAACAUGACCCCGGAGGAUGCAUGGGACUUUCUCAAGGCCAAGCUGAUGGUUAUCUUCGACGGGGAGGAUGUGCGCAUUGCAAUCGAGGAUCUCAACAAGCUGGUGCUGAUCCACAUCCAGCGCUGUGUCCAAAAGCGCACGCCCACCUCUGUGGUGGAUGACUUGCGGGAGUUAUUAGAAACCGGAUGUGCAUCUCUGAACCAUACGUUGAACGGUAUUCCGGAUGAGAAGCUGGUCCCCCAUCUGGUGCAGGUAUGGAUGCUGUUAUUCGGCACGAUCCUACCGUUCAUCCAGGCGGUCUUCUUGCCGCUGGAUCUCGAGUUCAAGGGCUGCGGGUCCGUGAUGAAUCGACGAGAAGCGAGUGAAUUUUGGACAUCGGCAUUCAACGGCGAGUAUCCGGGAUGUGAGCUCGAGGUGCGCAACCUGGUGUUGAUUGCGUUCCGCGACAUGGUGAUCUUGUACCGGUACGACGUUCUCAAGGCGACAUUCUCGCGGCUGAGUUUGGACAGCAUCAAGCUGGGCCCGGCGGCGCUGAGCGUGACGACCAAGAGCAGCAGCAACAGCGGACGGCCGACGACGGCGGCGUCGCUGGACGGUGGGUUCGGCAGCUACAGCUCGCAGUCGUCGACACUGCUCAACGCGGCCGCGAACAGUUACUCGUCGGACUCGCUGAGCUGCAACCGCAGCCGGGCGGCGUCGAACACGUCCAACCCGGACCAGCUCAUCUUCCAGUCGUUCUCGUCGCCGACGCAGUGGCCGAGCAUCAUCCACCGGGCAUCGCACACUGACACGUCGCACCUCAUCACGGAGACGGUAGGACGGAUGCUGCAGUGCGUCAGCGUACUGGCCAGCGUGCAGACGGGCGACCGAGCGCAGGAGCAAAUCGAGCUCCUCAGUAAAGAGCUGAAACACAACUGGUUGGGACGGGGACGCACCGGCCGGGACCGCCGCGGGUUCGUGGGCACGAAGAUCCGGCCGGCGAUCGUGGCGCGAACGGACAGUGACGAGUACAUGAAGGAUGGCAUGCAUGGGGAGGAUUAUGGGCGUCGGGAAUUGAGCGUUUUAUGA